AUGGCGCCCGAAUCGAACAAAGAGAAGGUGCCGAAGAAGGUCAACCUUUUGGACGAAAGCGACUCAGACGACGAGGAUGGAGGGGCAGACAUCGCGACGCCGCAACUGAAGGUCAACGAGGAGUACGCGAAGCGAUUCGAGCACAACAAGAAGCGCGAGGAGCUGCACAGACUUGAGGAGAAGUUCAAGAAGACCGGCAAAGGCAAGGAUGACGACUCCGACGCCGACUCGUCGUCGUCGGAUGAGACCGAGGACGAAGACGGGUUCCUCGCGACCGAGGACCUGGACGCCCAGAUCUCGGCGACCCUCAGCGCGAUCAAGAACAAGGACCCCAGGGUGCUCGACAAGAACUUUUCCUUCUUCCAGGAUACAUCAAACGCCGUCGCCGAGGCGACGCCCUCGAAGAAGAAGGAGAAGCCGAUGUUCCUCAAGGACUACCACCGCGAAAAGAUCCUGGCCGGAGGCGUCGGCGCCUCCGACGACGAGGACGACGACGCCCCGCCGCCGCCGCAGACGUACAACCAGGAGCAGGACGCCCUCAAGAAGUCCAUCAUCUCGGAGAUCAACAAGGCCGCCGAGUCGGACAACGAGGACGACUUUGUGCAGCGGAAACCGGGACAGGAGGUGGUGAAGCCGCAGGACCUCGGCGACGAGGGAAUCCACCCGGCGCGCGCGGCCAACGUCAACCCGUACAAGAAGAAGACCAAGAAGCAGAUCACCGAGGACGACAUCGCCAACGCCGACAAGGACCCGGAGCUGUUCCUGUCCAACUUCAUGGCGGCGCGCGCGUGGACCGAGGGCGGCGAGCACGGCUGGAAGGCUUUUGACUCGGACGAGGGCGAGGGCGACGAGGGCGAGCUGUACGACAAGUUCGAGGAGGCGUACAACCUCCGGUUCGAGGAUCCGGAAAAGGCCAACCAGGCCCUCAAGACGUACUCGCGUGAGAUUAUCAACGCGCGGUCCGUCCGCAAGGAGGCGGCCAGCUCGCGCAAGAAGCAGCGCGAGGCCGAGCGGGAGCGCAAGGAGGCGGAGAAGCAGCAGCGCAAGGAGGAGAAGGCGCGCCUGCGCAAGCUGAAGCUCGAGGAGGCCGAGGAGAAGCUGAAGAAGAUCAAGCACGCCGCGGGCCUGAGCGGCAAGGAGCUCAAGGACGAGGAGUGGCUGCGGUUCCUCAACGACGCCUGGGACGACGACAAGUGGGAGGACGAGAUGAAGCGGCGGUUCGGCGAGGACUACUACGCCGUGGCCGAGGGCGGCGGCUCCGACUCGGACUCGGACGCGGCGGAGGAGGGCGGCGACGGCGACGACCAGAAGAAGCGGAAGAAGAAGAAGCCCAAGAAGCCCACGUGGGACGACGACAUUGACAUCAAGGACAUCGUCCCCGAGUUCAAGGACGGCACAGAACUCCCCCCCAUCACGCUCACAGACGACGAGGCGGCGGCGGCAGCAGCAGAAGAAGAACAAGAAGAAGAAGACGACGACGACGACGACGAGGACGGCCGCCCGUCCAAGAAGCGCAAGACGACAAAGGACCUGAAGAAGGAACGGCUCGAGGCCAAAAAGGCCGCCAAGGCCGAGCGGGCCAAGCUCGAGGCCCUCGUCGACGCCAAGAUGGACAUGGACGCGGCGCUGCCGUCCGGCUCCUCGUCGCAGAAGGACACGGAGCUCCCGGCCUUCCGGUACCGCGAGACGUCGCCGCAGUCGUUCGGCCUGACGGCGCGCGACAUCCUGCUGGCGCCCUCGGACGCGGCGCUCAACAGCUUCGCCGGCCUCAAGAAGCUCGCGACCUUCCGCGACGAGGACAAGAAGCGCAAGGACAAGAAGCGCCUCGGCAAGAAGGCCCGCCUCCGCCAGUGGCGCCGCGAGCACUUUGGCCAGGAGUACGAGCGCACCGGCCCGACCUUCGGCCUCGACGAGGUCCAGCUCAAGGAGAAGAAGAGCAAGAAGCGGGGCAAGAAGCGCUCGGGCGACGGCGGCGACGGCGAGGGUGGGGUCGAGGAGAACGCCGAAGACGGCGGCGCCGCGCUGGACGGCGCCAGCAAGAAGCGCAAGAGGUCCAGGGGGGGCAAGAAGAAGGCCGAUGGCGUAGCGGCGGAGUGA